AUGUCGGCAGCAAACACAGCACUUAGAUCAGCGUCAAAUGCAUUAAAGCUUGCUGGAAAUUCCUUGGCCACUAAAAGAUCUCGUCCACCAAGAGUGACACCGGCUGCAGUAAAUAGGCUUAAGCAAUUAGUUCAAGGACCUGAUCCUAAAUUAAUUCGUGUAGGCGUUAAAAAUAAAGGUUGUGCAGGGUUAUCUUAUGCCUUGGAAUAUACCAAAGAAAAAGGGAAAUUUGAUGAAGAGAUAAGACAGGAUGGGGUGACAGUUUUGAUUGAUUCAAAAUCUUUAUUUAAAAUGUUUGGUUCAGAAAUGGAUUAUGUAGAAAAUAGACUUUCAUCUAAAUUUGUCUUCAAUAAUCCAAACGUAAAAGAAAGUUGUGGAUGUGGAGAAAGUUUUAAUAUAUAA